UGAGACGCAGGAGUCAACGCCAGGACGAUUUUCGCUCAUUUCACGAGUCAUCUUCCGUGAGACCCCGUCACCUAUGCCACCAACGCAGCAGCAAGUUUGGAACUCGACCCUGAACUGAAUAGAGAACCUGAAAGAAGCUGUAGGAGGAAUCAGUACAAAUUUUAUUUAGAUAAGUAUUUUUUUAUUUUAUUUUUGUCUAUGAAAGGAUACUUUGUGUUUAUUUGUUUUUUUAGGUGGGCACCAACUUUAACAAUGGAAAAGCGGACGGUUAACCGGGCGCAUUAAUAAAACAGGUCAAAAUUGGCAACAUUCCGGUUAGAACAUCUGGAUAAUAGCUGCCGGCAAGGUGAGUCAUGAACGUCAAUAGUCUUCGUUCUUUUUUCGUUAUUUUUAGGUGGAUUAUUGAAUGUGGUUAAUUUAAUUCAUUUUAUUUUCUCUCCGUUAGACGAUUGCCGAUCUGAUCUGCACCUGUUUGGGACCGCAUGCCAUGCUGAAGAUGCUGAUGAAUAAGAUGGUCGAAAUCGUGAUGAUCAUUGACGAUAAUGCGAUCCUGCUUGAGAUUGACACACAUCUGGCGGCGAAAAGUAUAAUUGCCCGCAUUCAGGACGAGAAGGUGACGAUAGAACCAGUUCCUGAGCAACAUUCCUUGGCGCACGGGAAGGCAUUGGAGAACAUCAUCAAGCUGCUACCGGAGGAUGCCAGCGUUCCGGUGGACAAAGCCAAGCUGGAAGUGGUGGUAACAUCUUGCGUCGGAUCCAAAUUGACCAGCCGUUGGUCUGACUGUCAAAGUUGACGAUCAUGUUGACGCAAAAUAAUCGCACCGAGAUUGCCCAAGCGGAGAAGAUUCCCCGCGGAUCGAUCGAUGAUUCGUGGAUCAAUUUUUAACCAGGGCGUGAGCCGCCCGAAAAGCCCGCAAUCUUCUAUUGGAUUGUUUGACACUUUCGGCUGCAUCUGAAAGGAACGGGACAACUUCAAGCCGGUCUUUCAGAAGUAGUAACAAUGCUCGUCAACGAACAUACUAACGUGCAAGUAUGUACAGUGGCCAGCAAGCAGAACAUCGCGCACCUACAAGAGGGAAUCGUCGAGCAACGGAACAUAGUCUGCGCUGCGUGCGCGAGCUGUCUCAGCUGGCGAACUCAUACCAUCAGCAGUGAGUUUGUUUUUCAUGUCACUAUUCAAAUUUCUAAUUUUAUUUGCACAAUUUCAGGUUCAGUUCAGAAUGGUUAUGGCACUAUUGCACUUCUGGACAUCAGCGGAGAUGACGAUGGAGACUGAGAAGUCGGAUUCUCCAAAGAGACGACGACACUGGUCUGUGUAAGACGAAUUCGAGGAGUAAUGCUUCCGGUACGUCGCAGCAACUGAAGGACCCGGUCCGAUCGUCUAGUCUGCAGUCAAAUCAGCCAGAAGAACGAUGUUGGUAUUCAAGAAUCAACGCUGCUAUUUCAUCGAGAGGACCCCUUGUCCAAGUUGGCCACCAGCGGUGAUGUCUCCAUCUGUCGGUGCUCAACUGCUCGGACCAAAACAAGCACCCCUUGAGAGUGCUUCCGGUACGAAGACUAGUUCGGCCGCUCAAGAAACUCCAGGACCAUACUGGCUCGGCCGUCCAUUGGUUGUCAGCCGGAUUAUAUGAAGCUGCUGAAGCAUGUUUUUCUGUCGUCUGGACCACACGCUGGAAUUGAUGAGUUGUUGGCGCAGUACGUCAACACUUGUAAGUGUGUUCCGCCGUGUUAGUAUCACUUUAAACAAGUCGAUUUAAAGUUGAACUUUGGCAUG